AUGCUUGAGACCUCAACUCAACGCGUUGAAGUCAACGGGAUACGGCGCUACGCCACACCGCUCCUGAGGCAAAGGGACGAGACGAAAUUCCAUGCCCCGAAAGAGGCAGUGCUACCGACUCUGAAGGGGACCGAGAAGAGACUCGACAAAUACCCACAGCUUGCUGAGAAACACAACGAGCUAAUCACCAAGUUGGUCGAUGCGGGUCACGUGAGGAUCUUGCCAAAGGAUGAAGCAGACAAGUCCGAAGAAUCCUGGUUCAUCCCACACCAUACCGUAUACCACAACGGAAAGUAUCGACUAGUAUUCAACUGCUCCUUCCGAUACAACAACCAGAUCCUUAAUAAGCACCUCCUGCCAGGGCCAACACUCGGUGCAUCGCUCAUAGGUGUACUACUCCGCUUCAGACAACACGCAGUAGCUAUCUCAGGAGACAUCAAAGCGAUGUUUCAUCAAGUACGCCUCCUACCAGAAGACCGAUGCCUCUUCCGAUGCCUGUGGCGCAACCUACAAGUCGACAAAGAGCCAGACAUCUACGAAUUGCAGGUGCUUCCCUUUGGCUCGACUUGUAGUCCCUGCUGUGCGACCUAUGCUCUGAGAAAGCACGCCUUUGACCAUGAGAAGGACUAUCCAGAAGUUGCAAAGGCAGUCGACAAGUCCUUCUACGUUGACAACUGCUUGCAGAGUCUACCAGUCGAGACAGAUGCCAAAGCCCUUGUCCGGAAGAUGCGAAACCUGCUUUCUGACGGUGGGUUUGAAAUACGACAGUGGGCCAGCAACGUUCCUGCUGUAGUAGAAGAUCUCCCACCAGAUGCCCGUUCUGAUGGCUGUGAGCUGUGGUUAACCUUCGGGGAGACAAAUUCCACUGAAGGCACACUUGGAAUGUUGUGGGAAUGCAGUUCAGAUGCCCUGCUGUACCGCCACAGACCCAUCAGCUAUGACUGCCUCAACAUGAGGAAUAUGUAUAAGAUCCUUGCGAGCCAGUACGACCCUAUAGGGUACCUAACCCCAUUUACAGCCCGAGCGAGAGUCAUUGUCCAAGACCUGUGGAAGACGAAGCGCAACUGGGAUGAUCCACUUGAGCCGGGUGAUAUCAGAGACCAGUGGCAAGCCUGGGAGAGUGAACUUCCCCACCUGACUGGAGUGAAGCUUAACAGAUGCUACACACCACCAAAUGUCAAGACAGAGGCUGCCCAUCGCCAACUUCACAUUUUCUGUGAUGCAUCGGAGAGAGUUUACGGAGCUGUGGCUUACAUCCGAACAGAAGAUGAAGAUCACAACGUCCAUGUUAGCUUCAUCAUGGCCAGGUCCCGUGUUGCCCCCAAACGGCAACUCUCAAUGCCUCGUCUAGAGCUCUCUGCAGCCUUAGCCGGUGCCCAACUAGCUGAUCUUGUCCAGAAAGAGUUGACUCUUCCUCUUGAUGAAGUCAUCCUGUGGAGUGACUCGACUACUGUGCUCACCUGGCUGCAAUCAGAAUCCUGCCGGUAUAAAGUGUUCGUUGGCACCCGUGUCGCAGAAAUACAGACCCUGACCGAUGUUGACAAGUGGCGGUAUGUUGACACCAAGAACAACCCCGCAGAUGACCUUACGAGAGGCAAAACCCUGGUUGACCUCAGCCAAGCCAACAGAUGGAGAGAUGGUCCUUCCUUUCUCCGGUCGUCUCCCGACACAUGGCCAGCUCACCCGUCUACACAGACAGAAGACCCAUCUGAGUUCAAGAAGUCAACCUUCUGCGGUGCUGUGGUCGUCAUUCAGCCCAACUUACCUGAUCCAUCCGAACAUGACACCUGGAGUGACCUUGUUGCAGCUACCAUGCAGCAUCUUCAUGGGGCGGCCGAGGAUGCUGAUCCUACCAAGUUGGUUGAACAACGGAUAGAAGCCGAGAUGUUUCUUUAUCAGCGUGCUCAACAAGAUUCCUUCCCAGAGGAGAUUGCUUGCAUCCAAGCAGGCAAAGAGCUCCCCCGUGGUAGCAGACUCCUGCAGCUUGCUCCAGAGUAUGACGAAUCUUGCGGCCUCAUCCGAGUGGGAGGACGUCUUCGUCAUACCCAAGAUCUACCCAAAGACACCAAGCAUCCCAUCGUGAUGAAUCCAGCUCAUCCCAUAACAAAGCUUAUCAUCCGUGACUACGAUGAGAAGUUGCUCCACUACGGACCUGAGCGCAUCCUGGCAGAGAUCCGACGUAAGUUUUGGAUACUACGCGGAAGAGAAGCAAUCCGAAAGCAUCAACGCCAGUGCUUCGAAUGCCAGAAGUGGAGAGCUAGCCCUCAAGUUCCGAAGAUGGGAGAUUUGCCUCCAGCACGCCUCCGCCUCUUCAAGCCUCCCUUCUACUCAACAGGGGUAGACUGUUUCGGUCCAAUGACGUGCAAGACUGGGAGAAGGAGCGAGAAGCGUUGGGAGAUCAUAUUUAAAUGUAUGACCACCAGGGCCAUUCACCUUGACCUACUAGACAGCCUCGAUACUGACGCGUUCUUGAUGGCCUUUAGACGGUUCAUCUCCAGAAGAGGGAAACCAUUCGAGAUCCUGUGCGACUGUGGCACUAAUUUCAAAGGAGGUGAUAAUGAGCUACGGGACGCCUUUGCUGCCAUGGAUCCCAUCUUACAGCAGGAGCUUGCCAAGCACCAGGUCAAGUUUGUGUUUAACCCUCCGAAGGCUCCACACUUUGGAGGAACCUGGGAACGGGAGAUCAAGUCCGUGAAAGAUGGCCUGAGAGUUGCCCUGAAUGAGCAGUCCGUUCCUGAGUCAGUACUUCGCACCGUGCUCAUUGAAGUCGAGGGAAUCUUAAAUUCCAAGCCUCUGGGGUAUGUCUCAUCUAAUGUUGCAGAUCCCGAUCCAGUCACUCCAAACCUUCUGCUGAUGGGACGGCAUGAUGCGACUCUCCCUCAGGUUGUCUAUCCUGCAAGGGAUCUACUUGGCAGACGACGCUGGAAGCAUAGUCAGGUCCUCGCUGAUCACUUUUGGUCCGGGUUCGUCAAAUCCUACUUGCCGACUCUCCAGGAGCGCCAGAAGUGGCAUACAGACCGUCCAAACCUGACCACCAAUGAUGUCGUUAUGAUUGUCGACCCAGCACUCAGCAGAGCUCAGUGGCCCAUCGGAAGAGUUGCAGAGACCUUUCCGGGUUCCGACGGUCGUGUCCGCACUGCCAGCGUGAGCGUUCGAGGUAAAACCUACACUCGCCCAGUGGCACGACUGAUCAGGCUUCCGGAGGUCAGUGACGACAACCUACCCGAUGGUGAACCCGACAACACCUAA